AUGCGCGUGGUGAUCUCCAAAAACGGACUCUCGGCGGUCGAGCAGGCGUGCUUUUUGAUCGGGGCGGCAACUGCGAAAAAGAAUUUUUGCCGGGUGGCACCACAGGUCCUCGGCAACAAACUCUGCCCCUCCUGCCGCGCAUUUGGGUUGACCAACGCCGACAUCAUCCACGACGCGCAGUGCGCCGCGCAGGCACUCAAGGCCAGGCGCGCCGUAGCGGCGAACGUCGCGAAGAAGAAGACCUUCCAGAGCGUCAUCGUCGACAACAAGGUCGAGGUCGCGCGCGCAGCGGGCAAGGUCAAGGCGAUGGCGGCGCGCGACGGGCUUGGCUACUGCCCAAACUUCAACCAGACCGCCCUCCCGUGCAAGACCAGCGCUCGCUGCCGCUACGCGCCGUGCGUCAACUUCGAGGCGCUCCUCCACACCGCCUUCAAGGACACCGUCUACAAGCGCAUGCCGAGCGCAGUUAGGCUCGGCACGAGCCGCGGGCGGCGCGGCGGCCGCGGCCGUGGCGGCGGCGGCGGCGAGGUCAAGAGCAACAAGAAGGACUGGGCGAGCGUCGCUCGCGGAGCCGCCCGCUCCCCCUACGACGGCGGCCCACGCCUCGAGUCCAACGAGCCCUCGCUCUACGAGGGGAGCGACGAGGAGAGCUCUAGGAACGGCCAUCGAGCCCUUCCCGCAGCGCAACCCUAG